UGCACUCGCAGAGCCUGGCGCAAGUUGGUGAAAAAACAACAAAGACAUCGUCGACGCCAGAAGCAAGCGCGUCAACGGCAAAAAGACGAGGCGAUAGAAGAAAAAGCGCGGGAGUCAGAUCCCGAAUAUCAAGCGUGGCUUAAGCAGCAGCUGGAGCUCGAAGAAUUUCAGCGACUAGCUAGCGAGCGCUUGCAACAGGAUGAAGAAGAAGCAUGGUUGCGCCGCGAAGCAUUGGCCCAGCAUCAGUUCCAGAUUGAUGCAGCCAAGCGUGCACAGCAAGAAGCCGAAUUGGAUCGCUUGCGUGCACAGCAAGCUGAGGCAUUGGCUGCUCAGCAGGAGGAGCAGCGCAAGCGGCGCGAAGAGAGUAAAAGACUGGCGGACGCGGCUGCAGCCGAGUUCGAGGCGAUGCUACACCGCAUGCAUGAAUACAUGGAGGACACAGAGGAGCGCAGUCCACCAGCCGAGCUGCGACGUGUGGUCGAAACGCAUCCGGAGGAGCGAUUAUGCGAGUUCUACACGCGCACCAAUUGCUGCCGUUAUGGUCACAGUUGCACCUUCAAUCACAGACGUCCCAUGCUGGCGAAGAUCCUAUUGAUUCGUCACUUCUUCACGCAUCCACUGCUGCAGGUCGACGCUACGCACAAGGAGUACGCCGGAGCUGAUGAGCAUUUGGAGCUAACACAGCACGAUUUACGCGCCGACUACGAUGAGUUCUUCAAGGAUGCGACGGGCGAGCUGGAAAAAUUUGGAAAAAUUGUCAAUUUCCGGGCGGUGUGCAAUACAUUACCCCAUUUGCGAGGUCACGUUUUUGUGGAGUACGCGCACGAGCGAUUUGCGCUGCGCGCCUUCGUCAAUUUGCAGGGUCGUUAUUAUGCAGCCAGGCGCCUAAAUGUGGAGUUCUCCAAUCUGAAAGCAUGGCGUGGUGCCGUUUGCGGUUUGUCCUUAACACGCAAAUGUCCCAAAGGCUACAGCUGUGGCUAUCUCCAUUUGUUUCGCAAUCCAAACAAUUUGUUUAACAGCAGUUUGGAGCUCUGCGGCACGCCAGGAAGUGCGCGCUCUGUCAGUCGAACGCCUAAAUCCAGGCAAAUCAGCUGGAAUGACAAUGAGACGCAGUCUCGCAACUGGCGCUGGUCAGAGAGUCCCGAGCUCGAAUUAAAGAACUGCAAAGCUUCGAGCAGUAGCAGCAAUGAGCGUGACAGUAGAACUAGGCAAGAGCAUGGCCGUAAACGGUAUCGUGUCCAUUCCAGUCGAGAGUCUGGACCACAUAGGAGUCGCAGUCGUUCUGCGUCCGAUUCUAGGCGGGAUUAUAGUCGCUCGAGAACACCAACACGUCGGCGUGUCAAAUAAACCAAAGUACUUAAAUGAUUGUUUUCUUUUUUAUGAAUUACAACAUUUUAUUCAAUCUCUUUGUUUUGCAGGGCAAUCGAAUGGUAAGUUUUUCUUUUCUCUUUCCUUUUCUUCUUUGUUUUUUCUUUUUGAACUAAAAUGCCAAAGAGAUUUUGGGGCGUAGCGAAUUUGCAGUGAAUAGGCGUACUUAACAAUUUUAUAUAAAUACAAUUUGUAGGAAGGAAAUAGUUUAGUUUCAAAAAAAUCGAGUUCUACGUGUAAAAUUGGCAGUUACGAACCAAGAGAAUUUGUGUGAAUUUUCCGGCAUGUGUCUAGAUAGUCUAUAUGUGUAAGAUCGGGGUAUUUAUAAAUUCUAAAGUCUAUUUGUCUUGCACAUUCGUCGUACACAUUAAACAAAAUUAUACAAAAAGAA